AUGGCCUCGCGUGUGCAUACAGAGUACUUGAGGCUAGAUACACAAUUGACUGUGUCCUUAGGAAUAUGCGGCGUAGCGGGUUCAGUCAAUGCAAGGGUCUCUGGCAUGAGCCAGUCGAUUUACAAUUUAUUUACAACCCAAGAAGAGCGGCCUAAGAGGUUGCUUGCGAACUGCGGUUCUUUGGCUGAGAAUUCCCGCUACUCCGUACCUUUGUACAUUCAUUCGACCGAGUUAUCUGCUGGUAUGGAAGACAUGGUCGGUAACUACAUCAUGUUUUUCAACGGCACGAGCCAGGCGAGUAUAUCUCGGAAUUCUAUCUGA